AGUUGAGUCUCAGCCGAGAGAGAGAGCGCGCUCAGGAGAGGGAGUGAGAGAGAGAGAGAGAGAGAGAGGGGAGGCUGGUUCCUGAUACCGAGACACGGAAAAGCAGGGGAGGGAGAGUUUGAGGGGAAAAAAGAGACAGGCAGAGAGAGGGGGAGAGAACAGGGGAAUUACACUGGCGGACACAAAAGCGUCGUGGGGAGAAACUGAACACAGAAUUUCUCACAUCUUCCGUCUCUCACAGGGUCACGCCAAAAACUGAAGCCCGAGGAAUCGACAACGCUCGAACCCAGAACUCAUGGGUUAACAGACUCUGUCCAGAAGACGCAGCCACCCAGUAAAUCCAAUGAAUAACCGGAAGGAAGACAUGGAGAUCACGUCGCACUACCGGCAGCUUCUGCGCGAGCUGAAUGAGCAGCGGCAGCACGGCAUCCUGUGCGACGUGUGUGUCAUCGUAGAGGGCAAAAUCUUCAAGGCGCACAAGAAUGUGCUGCUGGGCAGCAGCCGCUACUUCAAGACGCUCUACUGCCAGGUAAAGAAGGGCACGGAGCAGCAGGCCACGAUCACACACCUGGACAUUGUGACGGCGCAGGGCUUCAAGACCAUUCUGGACUUCAUGUACUCUGCUCACCUGGCGCUCACCAGCAAAAAUGUCAUUGAGGUGAUGUCAGCCGCCAGCUAUCUGCAGAUGACCGACAUCGUGCAGGCAUGCCACGGCUUCAUAAAGGCUGCGCUGGACAUCAGCAUCCGCUCUGAGCUGGCUGACGAGCUGGCUGACAUGGAGAUGGGAGUGGUGGGCUCAGUGGGUGCUGGAAUGGGGCCAGGGGGAGCAGGGGGUGUAGCCUCAGAGGCACUGGCAUCCAUGAUCUCAGCCCGCAGCUCCUCACCAUGGCUAAACCGUCGCACUAGUCCAGCUAAUUCAUCAGGGGACUCAGCCAUUGCUAGUUGCCAUGGUGAAGGUGGCAGCACCUAUGGCAAGGAGGACCAGGAGCCUAAAAGUCAUGAGAGCCAGGAAGACGCCUGUUCGCAGCCACUGUGGCCUCCUGACUAUCGUUCUGUCCAGGUUAAAGAGGAGCAAGUGUCACCCUCUAACGUACGGGAUGGAGCGGGGGGCAGCCGAGGGGCGCAGGGAACGCCUGGAGAGCAGGGGAACAGAGGGGGGGAGGGGGGUUGGCAGGUGUCUGGCUCAGGCCGCAGAAAGAAUCGCAAGAACAAGGACACGGUCAGACACAUCACGCAACAGAACGAGGGCGACAGUCGGGGAGGCUCGCCGCUGCCUUCCAUGCUGUCCACGACCAACUGGAACAACUACAACCAAGACAUUCCAGGCGCAGACGAGGCUGAGCCUAGUUCAGACAGCCGGGGUGAGCGGAUGGACUUUUUUGUGAAGCAGGAAGAGGCCGGGGAGGCAAGCUUCAUGAGCUCAUCAUUGGCCAGCGAGAGGGAGGAGGCUGGAGGCCGGAAUCAGGAGCGAAGUGGCUCUGUGGCCAACCUAAGGGCGGCGCUAAUGAGCAAAAACAGCCUGCUAUCUUUGGGGGCCGAAAUGCUGAGUGAAGAUAACCCCCUGUUGUUUGAUUACCUGCCUAAAGGAGGACAUUCACUGUCACGGUCUCACCGCUCCGACGGCGGCGGCGGCAGUGGCGCCCACCGCCCUGGGGCCCCAUUUGAUAGCAAACAUGGGCCGUCUUCGUCCUCUCCUCUGUCCGCUCUCCCUCCUCUGCCUCUUCCGCCGCCCUCCGAGCCGCAACCCCUGGGGGCUCCCCUUGGCCUGCCGCUGGCCGGGAGCUCCUCAUACAGUCGGGACGUGGAACAGGAGCCGGAGCCCACGCUCUCUGAGGAGGAGAUGCAAGAGGAUGAAGACAGUCCGAGUAACAGUGCAGGCCUGGAGUGCAGCCAGGCUCCUAUAGAGGAGGAUCAGAUGGUGGAGGAGCAGCGUGGUGUGUGUGUGGCGGAGGUGCGGGCCGGAGGGCUGGCCUGCUCCCUGUGCAAGCAACUGUUUAGCAGCCUGCUCCAGCUGAGGCAGCACGAGUACGGCCACACGCUCUCGCUCAUGGCUCUGUCUCUUGACUGCUUGGAGCCACAGCGCCCCCUAACGUUCCCUUCGUCCUCCUUUGAGCCACCUCCGCCACCGCCGCGCUACCACUGCCCGCGGUGUCCGGCCAGCUUCACACUGAAGUCCAAUGCUGACCGGCACGAGAAGACCAUCCACUUCAAGCGCAAGCUGAUGCGCUGCCCGUACUGCCUCAAGCACUUCCGUGACCGCACAGACCUCAAUCGCCACCUGUCCUCUGUGCACUCUAGUGAGCGCGUCUACACCUGUCCGGCUUGCGCCCGCGCCUUCAGCACACAGAAGAACCUGGCUACCCAUGCCAAGGUCUGCUGCCAGGCAGGGGCUGUUCCCAUCGAGCCACUCUGGAACUCCCACACCCUCAAGGAAGAUGCCCAGACUGACCUUAGGCACAGCCAUAAUGGAGAUUGAUUGCUGGCUCUUUGGUCUACAAUAGGGGACCAAAUCCAGUCCUGAAAAGCCUUCUGGUCUGUUUGGAUGGUCCUCAUAAACUCAGAAAACUCAGUUACAAUUCUAACAAAUGACUGAGUCAUAAAUGCUAGACAAAUUCAAUGCUACACAGUAGACCAAACUGUCAUUAGUCCACCCCAUCUGAUAGUUUGGUGACUUAAUAAAUGUAAGUUUUAACUGAACACAAACUGUUAGUCACUAUUUGGUGACAUGAUCAUUUUCCAAGUUGAUGAGGACUGUCCAAGUGCAUCAUCAGUCCAGCGCAGUAUGGUGAUUUGCCUGCUCAGUCACACCUGAUUCAAUUUAGAUACCAGGUUUUAUAGGUGUGAUUGGCUGUGCUCGAUUAUGUCCAGGACAGGAAUUUGAGCCCCCAGGUCUGCUCCCUAGUUGCCUAAACUUUUAGUUUGGCCUGCAAGUUAUUGUGAAGGUGCUGGAGGAUCUUCACCACCACCAUUGCAAAAUUGACUCAGGGGUCCCUUAGAGAACUGAUGUCUAUUUGUGGCUAGAGCACUGAGAUUUGUGCAAGAUUUGUAAUGUAUUUGUACAAGAUAUGUACAAGCUUUGUAGAAUACAUGUACAAAAAUUGUGAAUAUUUGUGAAUUAAACUCUAUAUUCUAUAUAUGUGAAUAUUUUUAUAUGAAUACUGGACAUGCACCAACCGCAAUAGCUUUGGGUGUUGAUAAGUGCAACUGCUGCAACUGCUAUGCAAAGACAAAGACAAAACAUUCACCUUGUCUCACGCCCAUGCACCUGUGUUUGUGCAUUGACUUAUUUUUAUACUAGAUAGCAAUCAGACAAGAGAACGCAGUGAACUCAGCUUAAAUAAGAUGCCAGUCAGCCCAGUGUUUGGGUGGCUAUUUUUCUCAAACCGUUGUCCUGCUCAUUAUAAGAAAACAGAGCUUCUGUUCCCAACAAUUGUUCCCUCUUUUAGUGUGUAUUUGAGUAAUGCCAGUUUCUCCUGUAUCUUUGCAAGUAAAUUGAUCUUUGAAGCAUUGUGUUCUGGAAAAGCUUUAUGGGUAAAUCCUAGAUUUACUACUUCAAGCACUUCCUUACUCUGAGUUGGUGAUCUUCACACGACACUGUCCCCUACAGGAGGAAAGUGUAACCUCCUUCCUUCCCUUACAAUUGUAUAAUUGAGUGGAGUUGGAUGAUCAGGGAUGAGGACAGUUAGGGGUAGACCUUAAAUCCCUCAGCCAGCAAUGUCCUCACUAUAAGCCUCUGUGCGUAUAUGUGUGUGAGUGCACGUCUGUGUGUGUGUCUAAGCACAGCUGAAUAAUGUCAGUAAUUGGCUCAGCUUGGUCCUCACCCCAGCUCACCCUCAACCUCUGAGAUAAAGAGGAUGUGGGAGGAGAGAAGUAGAGUCAUUAAGGUCGCGGGUGCCCUAGUGACCUCCACAAACCUCGCUGACCCUACAAAACAGUUUAUGUCACAGAAGAAGCAGGGGGAAGGAAGGGAGAGCAUGGCGCUUUUAGGAGAAAUGGUGCACACUGGUGAUACAGAUAGGCUUAAAUUAAAGUCCACAUUUCUGCAUGUUUGCUGGUCUUUCCAAAAGGAGGCCUACUGUGGAGCAAAUAUGUUAUUGAACCUUUGCACUGGUUCAGCUGUCACCCUUGAAUGAUUUAAUAAUAUCAGUGUUUUGUUAUUUUAAGUGGAUAAAAAUAAGUAUAUAAACCAAACAGGUGCAUUGUUUUACCACACAUCUACCUUUGUCUCUUUGAGUGGUUGGACCGUAAACAUGUGAGCGCUCUUGUUUGUUGACCAGUAAACUAUGUCAUCUCUAGAGAAGAUUUUUGUGUCCUGCAAAUACUUAUCAUUUACCUUUAAAAGCAUCUCAUGGUUUUCACUCACACAAGUUCUGCAAAGUCUCUCUCCAAACAGAAGCAGCUCCAGUGUGAAAAUGGGAGAGAAUCCCAUAUUAAAAGUAAACUUUUUCUAGAGCAUUUCACAACUGGAACAUUCUUUAAACCACAUGCAGCUGGAUGUCCAGUCAUUAACUCUGGAUAACAUUCCAUGUCUUGGUAAAGCCAUAUUAGCAGGGACAUACAGGGCUAUGUGGAUAUGCACUGAAAAACAUAAUUAUUCACAAGCCCACUACUAAAUAAUCAAGCCUGUCCUAUGAAUCCAAAAGCAAUUGUUAGGACACCUAAAGAAAAGUAUGUUGUAAUUCUAUAAUCUAUAGCAGAUACUGUGGUGCUGGAGAAGGCAGGUCCUUUCCAUAUUUCUCAGUGAUUUGCCCACACUGUUUGGUUGUGCUGCAUGUUCCUUGUGCACAAACAUUGCUUCUGUGAUUUGUUUGUCAUAUGCAAAAGAAUUGUGGUUUAUUUAGAAAAAAAAUCUUCCAGAUCUAUGCCAGGGAACUCACUCCAGAUUGUCUGAAUUCACAAAAAAUGGUGGAUCCAUGGCUGUCUGAGCUCAUGAAAUUGGUGCUAGACUGAAUGUCAGAUGCAUUUUAUGGAACUCACUUUUUAACUACUAUGCAAAAAAGAAAAAAAAUGACAACAUGGAACUUGCACUUCUGUGAAAGCUCCCAAGACGUUCUCAGGGAAAGAAAAGGCGGAUUGGCUCUCUGUCACGUUUGUCUUUAAGCGAAUAAAAACCAUGCUGAUGUGAAAACCCCAUUAGGGAUCUUACAGUAAGUGAUGCAGCAAUCACUGCUGUAUUGUUUGCACUAUCUUUUGUUAAAGAAACAGAAAAGUAAGUUUUCAUACUGAAUGCAGAUUAUUGGGGAUUUUUUAGCAACUGUGUAAAUGGUUGUUUGUACCUUUGUAGUCAAUAAAUUUUAUUGUGAAGCUUCAACAAAGCCCUGCUACCAUUCAUUUUUUUCCUAUUCAGUCUCUCUUUAUUCACAACAGGAUUAACAAGUGAUGAACAAAAACAUGCUUGAUGAAGAGAACUGAUCUGCAAAAUUUUUUAAAUGGUCUCCAUGUUAUUGUAAAAGUGGUUGUCACAUUGCCUUAACCUCAUGUUCCACACAUUUUCUGUCACAGAGGCCAGAGCCCUUUUAAUAGCAAGCAGGACCUGGCUCUAUGCUACCUGCCUGAGCCUGCCGUCCUCAUCUUCUUAUUAGCCCUGCCGGUCUAGACCAUUGGUCUAAUGCGAUUACAGACAUUAGAAUGGGAAAAGUACAAAGCAUGUGUACACUGUUUGCUCUGUAUCCUCAAAACUCCUGUGUUACUUGAGCAAAGCAUCAUCAAUACCAGUCUAUACCAGUUAUACCAUUCAGCAGACAACAGGGAUAUGCUGCUAUUCUUCCAUAUUUAUAUCUUUGUUGAAUUUGAGUUUUUCAACAAUGUGGCCAAAUGUGCCUCAGUGCUGUAGUGGUUGCUAGGGAAACUGUCCUUUAGGACUGGCGUUGGUAGCUAAGGGAAGGUGAGCUUAGCUCUGAGACCUUUCUUAUUAUUUUUCAGAAUAGGUUGAGCAUUCAGGCUAAUC